CACCAGCUCCCCUCUCGGUUCCAGCCGCUCGGCCCGGACGUUUCCCACCAUGGAGCUCCGCUCCGCGCUCUUCCUCCUCUGCCUCGCCGCGCCGCUCUGCAGGUCGGACUUCAGCUCCGGAACCCCGCUGGAGCCCUAUGACUUCCUCUUCGACGCGGCCGUGGAAGCCUACUAUAAGGCGGACUGGCUGUCGGUCAUCCUGAACAUGGAGAAGGCGCUCAAGAACAAAGCCACGGUCCAGAGAGUGAAGGCUGACUGCCGGCUGAGCUGCGCCAACCAGACCGCCUACGGGGAGCCGCUAGCCGGGUUGGGAGUCCCCGUUCCAGGAGCUGGGUCCGUGGAGGAUCUGGGCUUUUUCCAGAAAAUCCUCAAACGGGCUGACUGCGUGAACUCCUGCGAAACCGAGAAGCUCGGUUCGCCAACUUUGCACCUCGUCAGCCAGGAAGUGGAGCUGGAGUUCAAGAAGAGGACCCCUUACAACUACCUCCAAGUGGCCUAUUUCAAGAUCAAUAAACUGGACAAGGCAGUGGCGGCUGCCAACACAUUCUUUCUGGCCAACCCAGACCAUGUGGAAAUGAAACAGAACCUCGACUACUACAGGAUGAUGGCGGGGGUUCAGGAGGAGGACUUCAGAGAUUUGGAGGCGAGCCCCCACAUGGCUGAGUUUCUCCUGGGGAAAAAGUACUACAGCGACGACUCUUUUGGCCUGGCGGCUGCGCAUUUCGAAGCAGCUCUAGAUGAAUACUUCACAGCUGAUAAGGAGUGCAGAGUUCUGUGUGAGGGAGCUUACCGCUAUGAUGGAUACAACUACAUGGAGUACAGUGCAGACCUGUUCCAGACCAUGACAGACCACUACAUACAGGCCCUGAACUGUAAGCAGCACUGCACUGUGGAACUGGCCUCGGCUCCUGGCAGAGACAAACCCUUUGAAGACUUUCUACCUUCACACUUCAACUACCUGCAAUUUUCCUACUACAACAGUGAAAAGUAUGAGAAGGCUAUAGAGUGCGCUAAGACUUACCUGCUCUUCCACCCAGACGAUGAAGUGAUGAACCAGAACCUGAAUUAUUAUUCUGCUGUGCUGGGCGAAGACAAGGCAAAAACCAUAACAGCCCGUCAGGUGGUCAAACAGCACAUCCAGCACUCCUUACUUGAGAAGGAGCUGCUCUACUUUGGCUACGAAGCCUUUGGGAUCACCUUUGUAGAUCCGGACACAUGGACACCUGAGGACGUCAUGCCAAAGAAGUUAAGAGACAAACAGAAGGCGGAGAGGGAAACUGCAGCACGCAUCACUGAGGAAAUAGGAAACCUGAUGAAGGAGAUUGAGGUUUUGGUGGAAGAGAAGAAGAAGGACUCUACAGAAAUGGCCAAGAUCAUUGUCCCGCAGGAAGGGGGCGCUGUGUUGUAUGACGACAUCAAGGUGACCAUGACGUCGAAGCAGCUGAACGGCUCUCAGCGGGUGCUGCUGGACAAAGUGAUCAGUGAUGAUGAAUGCAGAGAGCUGCAGCGCCUCUCUAACGCAGCUGCUCUGAAAGGCGACGGCUAUAGGGGGCGCCCUUCGCCACACACGCCCAGUGAGACGUUCCAGGGAGUUACUGUCCUGAAGGCUGUUAAGUUUGGACAGGAAGGAAAGGUUCCUCUGAAGAGCAGCCGCCUCUUCUUUGACAGCAGCGAGAAAGUCAGGAAGGUGUUGGAGUCGUACUUCCGCCUGGAAACGCCGCUCUACUUCUCUUACUCUCACUUGGUGUGUCGAUCGGCCAUUGAAGAGAAGCAGGAAGGUCGGACGGACUUGAGCCAUCCUGUUCACGUGGACAACUGUGUGCUGGUCUCUGACGUCAAUGAGUGUGUAAAAGAACCUCCUGCAUACACACACAGAGACUACAGUGCCAUCCUGUAUCUGAAUGAUGACUUCGAGGGGGGGGAGUUUAUUUUCACUGAGCUGGACGCCAAAACUGUCACGGCGGAGGUGCGGCCACAGUGCGGCCGUGUCGUCGGGUUUGGAGCUGGGAAGGAAAACCCUCAUGGUGUCAGAGCCAUCACCAAAGGUCAAAGGUGUGCAGUCGCGCUGUGGUUUACUCUGAAUCCUUCUCACGAGGAAAAGGAGAGAAUUCAGGCUCAGGAAUUGCUGAAGAUGUUUUCCACUCCUGUGAAUGCAGAGUUCAGUCCACAGGAGGUCAACGCAAAAUCUCAGAAGGUCACAGAAGAGUCUCCAAAGGUCACAGAAGAGUCUCCAAAGGUCACAGAAGAGUCUCCGAAGGUCACAGAAGAUUCUCCAAAGGUCACAAAAGAGUCUCCGAAGGUCACAGAAGAGUCUUCAAAGGUCACAGGAGAGUCUCCGAAGGUCACAGAAGAGUCUUCAAAGGUCACAGGAGAGUCUCCGAAGGUUACAGAAGAGUCUUCAAAGGUCACAGAAGAGUCUUCAAAGGUCACAGAAGCGUCUCCAAAGGUCACAGAAGAGUCUCCAAAGGUCACAGAAGAGUCUCAGAAGGUCACAGAAGAGUCUCAGAAGGUUACAAAAGAGUCUCCAAAGGUCAUAGAAGAGUCUUCAAAGGUCACAGGAGAGUCUCCGAAGGUUACAGAAGAGUCUUCAAAGGUCACAGAAGAGUCUUCAAAGGUCACAGAAGCGUCUCCAAAGGUCACAGAAGAGUCUCCAAAGGUCACAGAAGAGUCUCAGAAGGUCACAGAAGAGUCUCAGAAGGUUACAAAAGAGUCUCCAAAGGUCAUAGAAGAGUCUUCAAAGGUCAUAGAAGAGUCUCAGAAGGUUACAGAAGCCCCUCCACAGGCCCAACAGGAGCAAGCAGAGAAAAAACAAAACACUGCACCAUCAAAACAGAAGCUGGACGCACCAGCCGACCUGCCGAACGACACGGCAAAACCAGCUGCCAAAACAGCAGGCAAGACAUCAGCUAAGACCAAAACUGCUCCUACAGCACAGACCAAAGCAGGAAGCCCGGCGAAGGCCAAACCAGCAGCCAAAGUUAAAACUGCAACUAAAAAGGACGAAAAGCAGAAAACUCAAGCAAAGCAGGAGAAUAAAAAGAAACCAAAACCUGCCGCAAAACAGACAGGCAAAGCCUCCUCUAAGAAGAACUCUGCAUCAGACUCUCAGAGCAGCAAGGAUGAGCUGUGAUCUUUAGGGCCUAAUUUCUGGAGGCAAAACAAACAAUAAUAGUUCAUUUUUCAAAUGUUAUUUGCUGAAAAUGUGCCCAAUUUGUUAAGCACAUUCCAACAGGAAGAUUUUUACUGUCAUGAAAUAUUCUUAUGCGAGACGAGUGCUGUGACUGAGUUUUUAAAAUAAAAAACAAGGUUGAAACAAGUCAUAA